AUGAGUAGCUUCGGAAAGGCUCACCAGAACUUGAAUGUGAUGAAGGGGCCCCUUCUCCAGUUCAGCAAGGAGCCAAUGACUGGAUUUUACCGCGAUGGAUACUGCAAUACAGGUCCAGAGGAUAAAGGAAACCACAGUGUUGCCGCAACCCUAACAGACUCCUUCCUCGAUUUCUCCGCCUCCAAAGGCAACAACCUCCGUCAAAUCGGCCUCACAGCAGGCUGCAAAUGGUGUCUCUGCGCCAACCGCUGGAAAGAAGCUCUCGAGCAUGCCAAAACCACAAAAGACGAUCCUGCCACCCAGAGUGUCGUUCCUAAAGUACACUUGCACGCAACACACGAGCGCGCAUUGGAGGUGCUUAGUAUCCAGGAUUUGAAAGCGCAUGCGUCGGAAGGAGAGGCUGCAAAUGCUAGUACCGUUGCGCAAUCGAGGAAUGGUAAUGGACCUGGCGGCGUUAAGACUGGAGAGACUUCCGAGUUGGCAAAUCCUGAUGAGAUGACUGCGAAGAGUACGGCCGAUGAAAAGGAUAGGACUCCUAUGUAA